UAAAACUAGGAGUUACAUCAAACUUGACCUAAACCCACAUACUAUUCACUCUAACCCCCAAAUGCAGCACCAAAAAGCUUCGCCAUGACCGAUCGAGACCGCGACAGAGACAGAGAACGAAGACGCGAGAAGGAGGAGCGCGACCGUGGUGACAGAGACCGUGACCGUGACCGAACACGGAGCAAGAGAUCCCGUUCGCGUUCGCGUUCAAUCGACCAUGGCCGCUCCCGCCACGCGCGCUCUCGCUCUCCUUCCGAGCGCUCCCACCGCCGCCGUCACCACCGGACGCCUUCCCCUGACCAACCCAGGAAGCGUCACCGGCGAGAUUCCGUGGAGGACGACCACAAGGACACGAAGAAAGUGGUGUCGGACUUCGUCGACGGGAUAGUGAAGGAGCAGCAGCAGAAGCACAAAGAGAAUGGAGGAGGAGGAGAAGGAGAGGUUGAGGUUAAUGAAGAUGAGGCUGAGAUGAUGAAGAUGCUAGGGAUUCCUACUGGUUUUGACUCCACUAAGGGAAAACCCGUCCCCGGUGCUGACGUCAGCGGCGUCAGAGCCGUCACCAAACGCCAACCGAGACAGUACAUGAACCGUCGUGGCGGAUUCAAUCGCCCUUUGCCUGCUGAGAAGAAUCGCCCUUAGAUGGGUGUUGGUUGCUGUUCAAUCAUAUGGAAUCUUGGAGUGAGAAACCCUUGGUUCAACCCAAAAUGGAAGGUUGUAAUUGUAAGAACUAGUUUUUAUGUGUUGCUCAUUGAUACCCUGUGCUAUCCACCUCAAUGUCCAGUGUAAUUGGUGUUGUUAGGCUUGUCAACAUUUUUAACUAAUUAUCAAAUAGCAUUAAAAGAAUAUGCUGAUUUUUCAUGCA